AUGCCUAAGCGCGGUGGCGGCGGCGGUCAACGUUACAACAAUCACAACAAUGUUGGGAAUGGCCCUCACGGCGGCGGAGGCUCACGUUUCUCCGCACUAAAAGACUAUGAUGAAGUGGAGGAUCAUCAGCGACGCAAGGAUCGCAAUAAGCGACGCGUCAGUUUCAAGACAUCGCAAUUUCCACACAAAAGCGAUGUCAAGUUGCGUCUGCAGGAUGUGCGACGCUGGGAUGAAGACGAUGAUAUGACCGAAAUGACAACCAUGAACAAGGAUCGGCCCAGCUCCAGACGUCGCGGCUCACCAAUUCCAAGAGGCAAAUUCGCUAAGCUUAUACCCAAUAGUGCCGGCUGGUAUCAGGUGUCGAUAUACAAUGGCCAGAUCUAUGACAAGGAGACGCUGCUGCGUGCCCUAUUGGCGGCCAUGUCGCCGCAUGUCUUCAUCCCGCAAUAUUGGCGCACGGAGCGCAACUGUGUGCUCUUCUUUACGGAUGACUUUGAGGUGGCCGAGCGGCUGCAGCAGCUGGGGCGGCACGCACAAUUGCCCGAUGGCUUUCGCUUGAAUCCGCGUGUGCGCAGCGGUGUGCCGCUGGUGACCAUCGAUGAGGAGCUCAAGACCAAAAUGAAGCUGGUGAUGGCCAAGCGUUAUAAUGUGCCGACCAAGGCGCUGGACUUGUCGCACUUUCACACCGAUCAGGAUCUGAAGCCGGUGUUUUGUCCAUUGUUUCGCGUCAAUGUCAUGUCCGUGGCACUGGACAUUAUAAGCGAGAAUAUACCCGAUCUGGUGGCAAUCAAUCUGAAUGACAACAACAUGUCCACCAUGGAGGCAUUCAAGGGCAUCGAGAAGCGUCUGCCACAGCUGAAGAUACUCUAUCUAGGCGAUAAUAAGCUGCCCUCGCUGGCGCAUCUGUUGGUCUUUCGUAACUUGGCCAUUGGGGAGCUGGUGCUGAAGAAUAAUCCGUUGCGUUCGCGCUAUAAGGACUUCCAGCUAUUUGUCAGUGAAGUUCGACGCAAGUUUCCCAAACUGGUAAAGCUGGAUGGUGAAACGCUGCCGCCACUGGUGGAAUUUGAUAUAGUCGAUAAUGCCGCAUUGCCCACGGCCAAGGCGUCGUAUCUAUGCGACAGCGGUGGCGCUGAGGUUGUGCGUCAGUUCUUGGAUCAAUACUUCAACAUAUUCGAUUCGGGCAAUCGGCAACCUCUGCUGGAUGCCUAUCAUGAGCAUGCUAUGCUCUCAACUACAAUGCCCUCCGCCAGUCAAGCGGGCAGAUUAAACAAGUUCUGGAAAUUCAAUCGCAAUCUGCGUCGCGUUGUGCCCAAUGAGCGCGAUGAUUCGCGCAUACGUUUGCUCAAGACCGGUCGACUGGGCUGCGUCUCCAUGCUGGACGAAUGGCCGCACACAGUGCACGAGCGUCGCACCUUCACCGUCGAUCUGACGAUAUACAAUCCACAAAUGAUAGUGUUUACUGUCACCGGCCUGUUCAAGGAGCUGAGUGGCGAUGGCGAUGGUCCAGCAGCCAGCUCGGUGCAGUCCUAUGAGCUGCGUCACUUUAUGCGCACCUAUGUUGUGGUGCCUCAAAAUACGGGCUUCUGCAUUCGCAAUGAGACGAUAUUUAUAACCAGCGCCACCACCGAGCAGAUGCGCGAGUUUAAGCGCUCGCAGCAUCUGCCCGCUCCGGGCGCGGCCAGUGCUGCUGGCUCUAGCAUACUCGCUGGCAGGGCGGCCAGCACAGGCAGCGGCACAGAGAACUCGCUGCAGAAUCGCUUGCAACAGAAUCAGAGCACACAGAGUACACAGGUUGCCAUGCUGCCACCAGUAGCUGCGCCCGCUGCCGUCGCUGGUCCGCCCAGUGAGGCUACCAAAAUGCAAAUGAUUCAGGCCAUGAGCGCCCAAAGUCAAAUGAAUCUAGACUGGAGUCGCAAAUGCUUGGAGGAAACCAAUUGGGAUUACAAUCAUGCUGCGUUCGUGUUUGAGAAACUCUUCAAGGAGAACAAGAUACCGGCUGAAGCUUUUGUCAAAUGAUCCGAACUGAAACCUAAGCCCGAAAUGGCGGAUAAAUGUGUUUGAAUAUUGAUGAUUCACUUUUUUUUUUUCUAUUAUUUUUAUUAUUAUUAUUAUUAUUUUCCUUAAUAAGCAACGUGCAAAUAUGUUCAUUGUCAUAUUUUCUUCUUCAUUUCUAAUGCACAUGUUAUAUGAUAUGUGAUGUGUAGGCCACAAGCGAAUUAAUUAUUCAAUUCUUAGUAAAUUUAGCAUGUAAGCAGCACAAAAUUAGCUCGUAAGCUCAAGAAGUUUAAUUUCAAGAUUAAGUUUAUACUAUUUAUUUCAAUUAGGCACGCUGCGGCAAUGUGUUGUUGUUUUUGGCCACACUUAUUGUAAUAUAAGCUUGCAUAUAAAUACAAAUUAUAAAUAUACACAACUUCUAGUGUAUAUUGUUUUAAAACAAUGCAUCGCCAGCACGUGUUACACUCACAUACAUAGCAAACCAACAGGGUUAUUGUAUAUAGUAAAUGACAUCAUCUUUGCAAAUCAAUAAUUAACUGCAACAGUUUAAAAUUAAUAUUAACGCCUUUGCUGUCAACUCAAUCCGCUUUUGAAAAUAAACUUAAAUAGCAAAAGACUUGCAUAAUUCACAAAUAGCAAUAUCAAAUUGAAAUCUAUGUGCACUUUUUUUUUAAUUGUUUAAACUGUUGUUAGUUCUUCGGCUAACAAAUCAUGUUUGCAGAACAGAAGUAUAAAUAUAAGUAUCGCUAAAGAUAUGGAAUAUAAUAUGAAUACAUAUUAAUACAGGCAUAUGUUUUAGUAAGGACAGACCAUUAAGCUAGCAGUUCACAACUGACAAUAGAUUAACAAAAUCAAAUAAAUCAAUUUAUUAAAUAUG